AUGACGUUGUUUCUGAUUUCGGGUACUCUCCAACUCCACACAAUGAGUGAAAUUUUUGCUGCUGGGUUUGAAUCUAUUGAUCUAUUCCAAGCUGCUUGGCCUGUUGUUGGGCAGGAGGUAGUGAAAGCUAUCAAGGAUUUCUUUCUUUCUGGCUUCAAAUUCCAUCCCAAAUGCUUAAAGGUGAAGCUUACUCAUCUAUGUUUUGCAAAUGAUCUUCUUAUUUUUUCUGAAGCUAGUUUGAGUUCCAUCAAUGUCAUUAAGGCUGCUCUGGUGGAGUUUGACGAUUUGUCUGGCCUGAAGGCUAAUCCUUCGAAGAGUUCUUUUUAUUGUUCUGGAAUUUUAGAUAGGAUUAAGCAAGUUUUAUUGAAUGCUUUGCAGAUGAAGGAGGGGAAAUUGCCUGUGAGAUAUCUUGGGGUCCCAUUAAUCUCUUCUAGGCUUUCUUAUGCUGAUUGUGGGGUGCUUUUGGAGAGAAUUACUAGGCGUAUUGAUUCUUGGCUAUUCAAAAAUCUCUCUUAUGUUAUAAAGGCUAUUGAGCAGAAAUUUAAUAGGUUUUUAUGGAAUGGGAAGGAUAUGGAGGCUGCAAAAGCAAAAGUGGCUUUGAAUGAUAUUUGUUUUCCUAAGAAAGAGGGUGGUUUGGAGCUGAAGAGAAUUGAUGUCUGGAAUAAGACUUCUAUGCUUAGACACAUAUGGAGUUUGUUUGCUAGAUCAAGUUCUUUAUGGGUGGCUUGGAUUAAGGCAAAUUUUCUGAAACACAAGAGUUUUUGGAGUGUCAAUAUACCACAGAAUUGCUCUUGGUGUUGGAGGAAGCUACUCAGGUUGAGGGAUACUGCUAUGAAGUUUUUGAGAUUUGAGGUUGGGGAUGGAAGAAAUAUACAUCUCUGGUUGGAUCUUUGGCAUCCUAAUGGCAUUCUUCUUGAGAAGUAUGGUUUUAGAGUUGUUUAUGAUGCUCAUAGUAGUGUGGAAGCAAAAUUAUUUUAUGUUAUCCAUAAUGGAGAAUGGUUUUGGAGGCCUGCUAGGUCUGAAGCCUGGUGGAUAUUCAAACUCGGCUUGCUGAAAUCAGUUUGGGUUCUUGUGAUAAACCUAUUUGGCUUGCUUCUAGGAAAGGUAUCUAUGUAA